AUGUCGCGAAGACAACGACUGUCUGAAGUUGAGGAGCAAGGUGUUGACGACUAUGAUGAAAAUACAAUCCGAAUUCUCAUAGCCUCGGACAAUCACAUAGGCUAUGCUGAACGUGAUCCAAUUCGAGGAAAUGACGCGAUCCGUACCUUUAAUGAGAUUCUUGGAAUUGCCAGAGAGCGAGAGGUUGACAUGAUCUUACUCGGAGGCGACUUGUUUCAUGAUAAUAAACCGUCUAGGAAAGCAUUGUAUCAGACAAUGAGAGCAUUGCGAUUAAACUGUCUUGGUGACAAACCUUGUGAGCUAGAGGUUUUGACUGAUAUGUCUAUGAUUACCGGAGACACAGCUGUGUGUAAUAUUAAUUACCAGGAUCCAAAUAUCAAUGUCGCUAUUCCUGUCUUUUCUAUCCAUGGAAACCAUGAUGAUCCAUCCGGAGAAGGGCAUUACUGCGCUUUGGAUAUCUUGCAAGUCGCCGGGUUGCUGAAUUACUUUGGCAGGGUUCCCGAAAACGACAAUAUUAGUAUCGCACCUAUCCUUCUACAGAAGGGCUACACGAAAUUGGCACUGUAUGGUCUGUCAAAUGUUCGUGAUGAAAGAUUGUACCAUACGUUCCGGGAAGGAAAGGUAAAAUUUAUGAGGCCAGACUUGUAUCGGGAUGAAUGGUUUAAUUUAUUGACUGUUCAUCAAAAUCACUCUGCACACACUGACACUGGGUACCUACCUGAGAGCUUUAUUCAAGACUUCUACGAUUUUGUUUUGUGGGGUCAUGAACAUGAGUGUCUAAUCGAUGGUUCAUAUAAUCCUACGCAAAAAUUUACCGUUGUACAACCGGGUUCUUCCGUCGUCACCAGUCUAUGUCAAGGUGAGACAGCGUUGAAGCAUGUGGGUAUUCUGAACAUAAAGGGAAAAGAGUUCAACUUGGAAAAAAUUCGGUUGCGAACGGUACGCCCGUUUGUCAUGAAAGACGUCGUUCUUUCCGAAGUUCAAUCGAUCCCACCUAUGGUCGAUAAUAAGUCACAGGUUUUGCAGUAUUUAAUUGGCGAGGUUGACAAUGCCAUUAAAGAAGCACAAGAACAGUGGCUACAAAGUCAGUCAGAUAUUCCUGAAAAUGAGCGUGGAGAAGCUCCUUUACCACUGAUUCGACUUCGCGUUGAUUAUUCUGGUGGGUACCAGACAGAGAAUCCUCAAAGAUUUUCUAAUCGUUUCGUGGGACAAGUUGCGAACGUGAAUGACAUCGUUCAUUUCUAUCAGAAACGGCAUUACAAACGAACGGCCAAAGAUAAGGCGCUGCUGGCAGCACCUGGUGAAGAAAUUAAACUUGACUCUCUACGUGUUGAAACGCUCGUGAAACAGUAUUUGGAUACAAACAGAUUGGAGUGUCUUCCUGAGCAGAAACUUGGUUAUGCCGUCGCACAAUAUGUUGAGAAAGAUGACAAGGAUGCAUUGAAAGACUUUGUCGAAAACUAUGUGAAGAAGCAAGUGUCUGUGCUUGUACAGAAACGAGUUACGGAAGAAAAUUUAGAAGAUGAGAUCAAACACAUUAUGGAUGGCAUGGGCAAUUUGGCCCACAUGAAGCGAAAAGGCAGUCCUGAGGUUCCAACUUCAAUGGAUGAAAGGUCUGAACAACACGAUCUUUUCAAAGAUGCGCCUGCGCACGAUGAAACUAUGGAAGAAAUGCCGUUGUUCCUUCCUUCUCAAUCCCAAAGUAUCUUUGAGACCGAGCAUAACGAUGUACAUGAAGAACCCAAACAGCGUACUUCCACGCGGCAACGGAAGAAUGCCGCUACAAAAGCAGCUGCACCAAACACAAGGUCUUCUACUACAACAAGUACUAAACGGAGAACACUUCCCUCUACAAUGACAGGUACUCGACGAGGCCGGAGUGGCUCUAGAGCAUCCCAACAAUCAAAGUUGUCAUUCGGAAAGUCCCAAACCAACACGAGGCAAAAUGCGUCUUCGAGGAAUCCGGAGGAUGAUGAGAUUCUUGAACUCUAAACCGCAUUCAAACUCUGUUAAGACAUUGCUUUUCUAGAGAGCUAGUUUGAGUUGAUAAAAAAAAUACAUAGAUUAUUAUGAAACGGAAAUAAGAUAGAGAAGUUCAGGUUGAGUUACGAGUUGAUAGUUUGUGAGCUAACAACAAUUCCGACUACUGUACGACAAUGUGUCGCUGUCACAUGAAACAUAUGUUUGAAGUUUAUCUUUAAUAAAGCAAGUUCACUCGCUUAUUUACAUG